CCCCUUCCCAUCCGCCCCAACCCACAAGCAACAAGCAUGCCCUCCCCUCCUCAAACAGGGUACUAUCGCCCCCCAACCCGUCCACCGGCAAACAGCACAGUCCUCCCAGGCAUUGACGAGCUCAUACGGGGCAUGCCGCGGGAUCAGAUGCCGCCCGAGCCGCAUCGUCCACAUGCGCAGGCACCGGACUAUACCAAGAUCCCUGGUCCGCCGAGUCCGCCCUGGCCUAAUCCGCCGAGGCGGACAGACUCGCCCGCAUAUGCGUAUUCUCAGCCGCAGCAGCAGCCACGUCCUGUUCAGGGAGGCCCGAUGUACACUCCUCCCAGUAGCGGUGGCUCUCGUCCUCCCACAGCACCUUCCCAUUCUCAGGUCUCGCCACAGGGGCACAUGGUAUCCCAGAUCCCCCCUCACGCGGGACAGAUGCCCCCCGGCACUAACCCCCUCCCCUUCCCGUCAGUAACAUACACGAGCCCGCUCCCUCCUUCGCCCAACACCUCUACUGGUGCGUCCGCAAAUGUUCAAGCCUUCCCCCCCGGCUUGCCCCUCGAUGGACCUUACUACCUCCCCUCCCACCCAUACACAACCAUUUACUUCGCACCUCCCAACCAGUUCGGUCCAGCACGCAACGCCCGUGCGUGCAAGAAAUGCCGUCAGAGGAAGGUCCGCUGUUCUGCUGCUGGUGGACUCGGGUUCGCCCCUGGUGAGCCGGGGAUGAAAUGCGAGCGGUGUGAGAGAGCGGGAGAGGAGUGCAUAUUCGAGGAACGCCAGGUGGGGAGGAGGCGCACGCAGGGUAGUGGAGGAAGUAACGGGAGUGGUAGGAGUAGUGGGAGGAGCGCAACAGCCGAUGAAGACGACGAGGAUGACGAAGAGAGCAUCUCAACGCCAACAGCGACGACAUCUACCCUUCGUACUCCAGCAAGUAGCAUCGCCGGCCCUCCUCGCGGGUCGACCAAAGCCGGCCCACCGCCGGCUCCAUCCUCGGGCUCGGGCGCCGCUUCCGGCGGUGGGGUAGGGAGGGGUAACCCGGCACAGGGGGUGAUACAGGGGACGCAGGGGUAUGGAAGGGCACAGAGUAUGCCCCCAAAGUAACCGCGAAGGUUGGUUUGCAGGGGUCGAGGGGUCGAAACACGGCUCAAAGAACGUGUCCCGGCUUAUUUUUCGUUCGACGUGGAACAUCUCGCAAUGCCAUACACUUGCUUCGCACAUGCACAAUUCGCCCUCCUACAUUCCGCUCCACGUCUUACCAAGGAACUCGAAACGGCAGGUACGACCCCGUUCACCCUCUGACCCACUCUCCCGCAAGCCGCAAUUCCGCAACCUCAAAUCCCACAAACUCCACAGCACAAAUCCCCGAAUUCUGAAUACCGGCGCCGUUUAUUCGUACCUAACUCGUCAAGGUCUCCAGGUUUAUCAGGCUUAUAGUCCCAGUCUCAGUCGCAGUCCUAUUCCCAGCUCUAUAUCUCGUUUCUCUUCCAGCUCUUUUUCUGAUCUUUCAGCUCUCGGUUCGUUCUGGUUCUUCGGCUCGAUCUCCCCCCCGGCUCUCCGUCCCAUCCCAACAAUUCCGAUCCCUCCACGAUCCCGAAGGACAUUAUCCCCAUUCCCGUCUAUUAUUUCCCCUUCCGCGCCCGGUCGCCGUCAACCGACAUGGGCAACCCAGGGCAGAGACCGGCGAAUUGUAAAAAAAAAAACGAACAAACGAACGGACGAACGGAAUACCCACACACGCUGGACGUCUUCUGGGCGAUCUUUCCUCUUUCCUUCUUAUCUCGCUCAUUGUUCGCUCGGUUACCACCCCACUUCCACACCUCAUUUCUACUCGACUUUAUUUUCAGUCUAUUCCCCAUUUUUCCUAUCCCCUUUAGUUCUAGUUCUAUUCCUCUUCCAAUCUGUUCC